UAUCACAUCUCAGAAGCUAUCACAUUAGCAAGAAAAAAAAACAGAAUACAGCUAUAAUGGCUGAGAAAUACAGAAUUUGUAUCACUUUGCUGUCAUUGUUGGUAGUUUGUGUAUGUCUAAUGAAAGCAACUGUCGAAGCUAGACUUACGCAAAUUGUUCAACGGACUCGAUUUAACGGGCCUAUAACUUUUUUGGCUGUCGGAGAUUGGGGAAGAAAGGGAGCUUUCAAUCAAUCCGCUGUCGCUCUAAAGAUGGGAGAGAUAGGAGCAAAGCUGGGCAUUGACUUUGUAGUGUCAACUGGUGAUAACUUCUACAAACAUGGAUUAACUGGUGUUAAUGAUUCUGCUUUUACAGAAUCAUUUACCAAAAUCUACACUGCAAGAAGCCUCCAAAGACCUUGGUAUGCAAUAUUGGGAAACCAUGAUUAUCAUGGGAAUACCGAGGCGCAACUGAAUCCUGCGCUCAAAAGACGAGACAGAAGAUGGAACUGUCACAGGUCCUACAUUGUUCGAGCCGGUUUCCUAGAUAUUUUCUUCAUCGACACAACUCCAUUCGUGACCAAGUAUUUUGCCAAAGUCAAUAAGUUUAACUGGAAAGGCAUAUUGCCUCGAAAUAGAUACCUCUCUAACCUUAUAAGGGAUUUCAAGACAUCAUUGAGGACAUCAAAGGCUACCUGGAAAAUCGUUGUCGGGCACCAUCCUGUAAGAAGCAUCGGAGCACGAGGCGACACUUCAGAACUCCUUCAGCUCCUUCUACCAAUUCUACAGGCAAACAAGGUUCCCAUCUACAUAAAUGGUCACGACCACUGUCUCGAACACAUCAACAAUACCGGAGUCCCGAUCGAAUUUCUGACGAGUGGAGGAGGGUCAAGGGCGUGGAGUAAUGUUAGCCAUCGCGAAAGACUCAAGAAUAACUUGAAAUUCUACUACGACGGGCAAGGAUUCAUUUCGGUUCAGCUUACGAGAAGGGCAGCCAAUAUAGUUUUCUAUGAUGUUUAUGGCAAACCACUGCACACCAUAAACCUGAAGAAAUGACUUAGAGAGUAGCUUAAGACAUAGUCACUGCACUCCAUGUAAUGAAACUAUCACCAACUAUAGCACUAUUUUCAGACACCAAAAAAAAAAAUAACAGUGGGUGACAAUUUUUCUGGGAGAUAUAUAAUUUUAUUAUAAUGAGACAAACAUAAAAUAAAUUAAAGAACCAAGCUGUAUCAACAUUCAACACUAGAAACAAA